AAACAUGAUUUAAUCAAUCUAAUAAAUAACGCAGCGUUCACCGCCUUUACUAUAAAUGAUUAUGUACGUUUGGCGGUAUUUUAAUAAUUUGAUAAAUAGACUAUGACAUUUUAUCAAAAUCCGUUCAGUUUAUAUAAAAUAGUAGUAUAUAUAAUACUCUCUGGUAAGAUUUGGUCUGUUAUUUAUCCUGUCUUAUUAGUUCCUGGCGAUGGUGGAAGUCACCUAGAGGCCAAAUUAAAUAAAUCUUAUUCUCCCAGAUAUUUAUGUGAAAAAUAUACAGAAAGUUGGUACAAUAUAUGGCUAAAUUUAGAGCUGCUCAUGCCCUAUGCUAUUGAUUGUUGGGUAGAUAAUGUAAAGUUAGGUUAUGACAAUGACACUCGACUAACAAGCAAUACUCCUGGAGUAAAUAUAAGGGUUCCAAAUUUUGGCAAUACCACAUCUAUUGAAUGGCUUGAUCCAACGAAAAGAUCUGUCAGCAAAUAUUUUGCCACAAUAACUCAAAAACUAGUAUCGCUGGGAUUGAUCCGAGGCAAAACAAUAAGAGGAGCGCCUUAUGAUUUUCGAAAAACUCCAAUUGAAAAUGUGGAAAUGAUGCAUAAUAUGAAGACUCUUAUUGAAGAAAUGUAUAAUAGUAAUGGUAAAUUGCCUGUCGUUAUAAUAUGUCAUAGUAUGGGAUGCUCUUAUACAAAGUAUUUUUUGCAAACUCAAAGUUUAAUAUGGAAAAAAACUUUUUUGAAAGCUUGGGUAACACUCUCUGCUCCGUGGGCUGGGACUGUAAAGGCCUUAAAAAUUUACGCAUCAGGUGAUAAUUUAGACGCGUAUCCAUUGAAUGCUUUAAAAAUAAGAGACUGCCAGAGAACAUUUCCUAGCUUAUCCUGGCUGUUACCUCAUGUUGGAUAUUGGCAGCCGAAUCAAACUUUAAUAUCCACCCCACUAAAAAACUAUUCUCUGGAUAAUAUAGAAACCUUUUUCUUUGACUUGGGACUACCUAAUGCUUAUGAAAUGUGGUUUGAUAAUAAAAACUUGAUGGACUUGAUGGAUUAUAAUGGCUCACAUCAUCAUAAUUCUGAUAAAAGUAUAGGAGUCAUGUUACAUUGCCUACAUGGUAUAUCUGUACCUACCCCAGAACUACUAAAAUGGAACAAACCUCAAGAUUUUCCUGAUAAACAACCUUUAAUUUUACAGGGCGAUGGUGAUGGGUCGGUUAAUUUAAGAAGCCUUUCUGCUUGCUUAAAUUUUUACGGAUCUAGACAUGAGCAUAAAAAUUUGAUUAUUCACAAAACAUUUCCUGGAGUUGAACAUGUUCACAUCUUAUAUAAUAAUGAUAUAUUACAAUACAUUCAAUAUGUCGUAACGGACGGUUAUAGCGGUUCAAAUUUAUCUGAAAAAAUGGCUGCCAACUUUAAUUUAUCUAAAGAUCAGGAACAUAUUAGUUCCUUAUACUUUCCUUUGUGCCAGGCUUGUGACACAAACCUUAACCAUCGAGACUUUAAAAGCCAAAUAACUAUAAUUAAUAUUUAUAAGGACAAUUUACGUAUUUAUUCAACGCCGAUAUAUAUUAAAAGGGCAUUUAUAUACAUAUGCCUACUUGUUUUAAUCGUUUUAAUAUUUAUCAUAAUUAAUAAAGGCAAUAACCACUUUUUAAACCAAUAUUACAAUUCUUACGUUAUUGUUUGAAAUUAAACUUAACAUUUACUAUAGAUUUUAAUUUUUUAAACAUAAUUUAUUUAUAUUAUUGAAACAUUUCAAAUAUAAUUUACCAUGUAUAUUAAGAUUAUUUAUUUUAUUUUUUUAUUGUGCAUUGAAGAUAUUAAUCCUAUCUUAUCACCUAUUUUUAAUUCAUAUAUAUUUUUUAUCUUGAUUAGAUAUAAAAUUCUAGGUAUAUAGAUAUUUUAUAUAUUUUAAUCAUAACUUUUAUAGUAUUGCUAGUCUUCAUAUUGUUUAAUUAAUAAAAAUUAUUCUUAUGACAUCGAAAUACAUUUUUGUCAAAUAAAUGAUUAAUAAGUUUAAAAUUGUAUAUCUUUUCGACUUGUAACUAAUAAAUUUUUUAAAUAUUUUAUUUUUAUAUGCCAAAUACUUAAUGUAAUAUAAUUGUGUACUUAUCAAACCAUUAUUUUGA